CAAACUUUUUUAAUCUUUGAGGUAAAAUUAUCAACAUUUUAACUUGAAGGAUGAAAUGAUCCAUGGUACUAUUAUCAAUCCUAAUGCACUGAAACGAUGUGCUUUUAUCGAAAAGAAGUGAUUUCUUCAGAAUUUUGAGGAUCAAUGCACAAGAACACUUGAAGAUUUUGGAUUAUUUUGAUAUUACUUCUUCUUAUCAACAAACCAAACUCAAUUAAUCAUAAUCAUAACCAUAAUCAUAGAAAAUGGCAAGGGAACAUGGAGGAGGAUCUCCAAAACCCCAUUACCACACUGAAGCAAAACGAAAACGCCUGACUUACAUAUUUGCAGUAAGCAGCCUCUGUGUUCUGUUCUACAUCCUCGGCGUCUGGCAAGGCAAAUCACCCAGCUCUGUUGCCAACAAAUUCAACCUCCAAUCCAACAACAACAACAACGAUUGCACAAACAACAACAACCAAUCCCCUGAAUUGUCAACAACAACAACAACAACAACAACAACAUCAAAUCUAGACUUCGAAAGCCAUCACCAGUUAGAAUUAAACGAAACAAACGAAGCAGAAAUCAAAGAGUUUCCCCCCUGUGACAUGUCAUUCAGUGAGUAUACACCAUGCCAAGAUCCAAGAAGGGGCAGGAAAUUCGACCGUUAUAUGAUGAAAUACAGAGAAAGACAUUGUCCUGUUAAAGAAGAGUUGAUGCAGUGUCUUAUACCACCUCCACCAAAGUAUAAGACUCCAUUUAAAUGGCCUCAAAGUAGAGAUAUUGCUUGGUAUGAUAAUAUUCCUCAUAAAGAACUUAGUAUUGAGAAGGCUAUUCAGAAUUGGAUUCAAGUUGAAGGUGAUCGUUUUCGGUUUCCUGGUGGUGGUACUAUGUUUCCUCGUGGUGCUGAUGCUUAUAUUGAUGAUAUUAAUAAACUCAUUCCAUUGACUACUGGGAGUAUUCGAACUGCUAUUGAUACUGGUUGUGGGGUUGCAAGUUGGGGAGCUUACUUAUUAAAGAGAGACAUUGUUUCAAUGUCUUUUGCACCACGAGACACACAUGAAGCUCAAGUGCAGUUUGCUUUGGAGAGAGGAGUUCCUGCUAUGAUUGGCAUCAUGGCUUCCCAGAGGCUUCCUUAUCCUGCAAGGGCUUUCGACAUGGCUCACUGUUCCCGUUGUUUGAUACCCUGGAACAAAAACGAUGGAUUGUAUCUGAUGGAAGUGGAUAGAGUGCUAAGGCCAGGAGGUUACUGGAUUCUUUCCGGACCUCCAAUCCGCUGGAAAAAAUACUGGAGAGGUUGGGAAAGAACUCAGGAAGAUCUCAAACAAGAACAAGAUUCAAUCGAAGAUGUUGCAAACCGUUUAUGCUGGAAAAAGGUCAUUGAACAGGGUGAUCUUUCCAUUUGGCAGAAACCCUUUAAUCACAUUGAAUGUAUAAAGAGCAAGAAAACUCAUCCAACCCCACAUAUUUGCAAAUCAGACAACACAGAUGCUGCAUGGUACAAAGAUUUAGAGGCUUGCAUAGCACCAUUGCCAGAAGUAAGCAACUCAAAUGAAGUAGCAGGUGGAGCUCUUGAAAAAUGGCCUGAACGCGCACUCGCUGUACCUCCUAGAAUAAGCAGCAAUUCUGUUCCUGGAAUUUCUGCUGAUAAAUUCAGAGAAGACAAUGAUUUGUGGAAGGAUAGAGUUGCAUAUUAUAAGAGGAUUGUUCCUCCUCUACCACAAGGAAGGUAUCGUAAUGUGAUGGAUAUGAAUGCAUACAUGGGUGGUUUUGCAGCAGCUGUUGUUAAGUAUCCUGUUUGGGUUAUGAAUGUGGUUCCUGCAAAUUCUAAUCCUGAUACUCUUGGUGUGAUUUAUGAGCGCGGUUUUAUUGGAACGUACCAUGAUUGGUGUGAAGCGUUCUCUUCGUAUCCAAGAACUUAUGAUCUUAUUCAUGCUGGUGGUGUUUUCAGCAUCUACCAGGACAGGUGUGAUAUUACCUACAUUUUGCUCGAGAUGGAUAGACUGCUAAGGCCGGAAGGAACAGUGAUAUUCCGAGACACAGUAGAAGUUCUGGUGAAGAUUCAAGCAAUCACCAAGAGAAUGAAGUGGAAAAGCCAUAUUGCAGAUCAUGAAAGUGGCCCCUUCAACCCUGAGAAAAUUCUGGUUGCUGUCAAAACAUACUGGACAGGCGGCGAUGCACCUGAGAAAAACAGCUAAAGAUUAAUUAGUUCAUAAACAAAAAAAAUUAACAGUGGCAAUUAAUCUUAGAUAGACAAUAUCAGGGUAUUAAAAACUAUAGGAUUCCUGAUUAAUCAAUCUUGUUGCAUGAUGUUGUUUCACAUUGAGUAAGUCAGUGGAAACAGAUCAGAGUAGAGUUAGACUAUUCCAAUUAACCUCAGGUGAAAGCAUUAGUAAAUGCUCACUUUUUGGAUUUGUUGGUUUAUUGUUAAGCAAAUUUUGGUUGCUUCUUUAUUAGUAACAUUCACCAUGUCAAAUAUACCUUAUUUCUUCAGGGCGCGUCCUGAUUUGUCCUUGCA